AAUUAACCUGAUCACCAAAAAAAAAAUCACAAAUUUUCUUGUACCCAAUUGCAUCCACCACAGAUUCCUGCACCACAAAUUAGUGCCCAAUUCUGGUACGCAAAUUUAACGCUUCACUUGAGAGCCUAUUUAUACAAUGGCUUUGCUGCUCUUUGCUCACUCAAAAACUCACUAAAUUGUCUUUCUGGUUUUCUCUCUGUCUUUUUAAGCUGAUGGAUUUGAAGAUUGAAAUGCAGAGGGCAAGGGCAAUCUCUUUUGCUUCUCAUACUGGCAAUCUUGGGCUACUGCUCCUCUGGCAUAUUCUGCAUCUUUUUAUCAGACUAUGGUACUUUCUGUUGUGGAUGGUUUAUGUGCUUGAGAGCUAUCUCAUUUCUGGUGGAAUACUUAAGAAGUAUAAAGCCCUUAACGUAGGUAAACUACGGUACCUGGCGAUUGUAGUAGAAAGUGAAGACGCAUACGAAACUUCCAAAGGUAUUGAGCUUCUGCAGUGGCUAGAAGCUAUUGGCGUGAAACGUGCGUGCCUCUACGACACAGAAGGAGUGUUGAAGAAAUCAAAAGAAGUCAUCUUGACAAAACUGAAAAAUGCAGUAGUAUAUGAGGAAGGUUAUCAAGAUGAAAGCUUAGUUGACCAGAAACGCAUGUCUCUAGAAUUUUGUUCAUUCUCUGAUGGAAAAGAAGCUAUAACCAAAGCAGCUAACUUGCUCUUUGUGAAGUAUUCGAAAUUGGCGACACUACCUGGUGAACAUGAAGAGAAAAUCUUUACAGAACCUCACAUGGAUGAUGCACUUAAAGCUAUUGGUGGCAGAGGGCCGGACCCUGACCCCCUAUUAGUUUAUGGACCUGCAAGAUGCCGCCUUGGUUUUCCUGCAUGGAGAAUGCGAUAUACUGAGUGCAGACACAUGGGUCAGCUAAAGCAUAUGAGCUACGGUUCCCUAAUUAAAGCCAUUUACAGGUUCACCACUGUGCGCCAAAACUAUGGUAAGCAGUUUGUUGUCCAGUUGUACUCGUCAAUUUGUCAACUCUUCUUAUUGUUUGCAACGAAUUACUGAUUCAGUAGGUGGCAAGUUUGCAAUGGUAUUCAAAAUAAUUGUUUUCAUUGCCCAUCUAUAGACACAACAUAGUGUCUUAGAAAUUGGUUUGACAUUUUAUACUCUACUUGUUCCACAGGUAAAUGACAUUGCAUUUGGGUGAUCAUAUGUGGAAGGCAGAUGACAUUUGGA